AUGAAUAUUUUAUAUUGUGCUUUGGACGUCAACAAGCUGAACAAAGUUUUUACUUGUAAUAGAACAAAGGAGAUCUGGGACAAAUUAAUUGUCACUUAUGAAGGAACUACAAGGUUAAAGAAAAAAAAAUUGAUGAGUUUAAAGUUCUUACCAAAUUUAGUAAUGAAUCUAAUUUAAAGAAACCCAAAGUGACAGCCCUAGAAGAAACAAAUGUUUUAGCUAAGUUCUCACUAGAUGAAGUCAUGGGAUCAUUACUAAAAAUGAGAUAUGAGACGAGGUAUGCACAGAUCAUUAUAAAACUAAACUUUUAUAUGGUGAUCUACUGAAAAAAUUAGUAUUUUUAUAUGCUGCAUAUAAGAAAAAUAAGUAGGAAAUAAAAAUCCUUCAAGAAAAAAAAAUGCCUAAAACAAAUAAAUGAGGAAUGCACUAACCUCAAGAAUUUAAGUAAAGCCCAAGAGUUAAGAGUUGCAGGGUUAAGAAUUUGGAGAAUCAAAACUCAAUAUUAUUUUGGAAGGUUUAAAUAUAGUCAACUCUAGGUGUGUUCGAGCUGUGAAAUCCAAUAGGUUGCUAAAGCCUAUAAUUCAGUUUAAAUAGUAAGUAUUACCAGAACCCAAGAAUGAGGUCUUUUGUGAUCUGAGUAGGCUAGGGUAGACCAAAACAGUAUGAAAUAGCGUCUUCUGAUCAAGUAUUCAAAUAGAUUGAGUAGGGGAGAAGACAAUUUAGAGAAAAGAGACAUUCAAAGUAAGAGCUCACAAGUUCAAUCUCCUCCUUUUAGGUAAUGUGCUGCCAUCAGACCAAACAAUGCCAAGUUCAUAUUGCUCCUCAUUUUUUUCUUAAGUUACUCAAUCUCUCUGUACUAAAAUGGAUCUUAUGCUAGGUUUUCACAUUAUAUCUUCACCUCAUCAGGAUAAUUGAAUUCCCUCAAUAAUACUCAUUUUUUUCCAAUCUUGCACAACCUUUCUAUCUCUCUAGGCAACUAAAAGCAUCCUAUCAGCCACAAUAUUUGGUGUUUUUCAGUUGAAUGUUCAUAUCAGGAUAUCUGAUUUUGUAAUAGUCUCAUGAUUGAUUUUAUUGAUCACUUAGAACAGAGAGAACUUGAUUCUCUAGGAUUAUAUCUUUGAAGAAUUUUUGCAUCCUGCAUGCAUCAUAUGCUUUGGGCAGUCCAUAAUUCCAUUAAGGUUUUCUCACAUUUUUUUUUAUCAGUUGAAUUCUAGAAUUAAUUAUUUAUUUCCCAACUAACAUAGAAAUCUUAUUUUUACUUGUCUUCUUGAUUGGACUAGCAUCAUAUUUUUUAGCUUAUGAACGUCUUUUACCUUGAGAUUUUUCUUAGAGCAGUAGAAAGACACUACAAGGGUUUUGAAAUUACCCAAUGGUGUGCCUUGUUAAAAGAAUUUAGUUACCUUAAGCUUUAUUUAAAGUUUAUUGUGCAUUUUCUUAGGAAUAAGGUGAGCUGUUCAUAAAAGAAAGAAUAAAAAAUUGGGUGUCAAUGAUCAUUUCUUCAAAAAAGGAAAAAAAAAACUUUAUGUGA